AUGUUGAACUUAUCCAUUAUACUUGUAAACAAAAAUAUGAAGAAAAUCGUAUUUACGCUGUUAAUUUCGUGCAUUUUCGUGAAUGUGACAUCAUUUUUCGUUUGCACUCCGAACUACUGUACUGGUGUACAAUGCGAAGAAGCUAAUUGCAAUUCCACGCAAAUUUUGGUUCCAAAAGGAAGCUUCUGCGGAUGCUGUCCUGAAUGCUACAGGAAAUUAAAUAAAGGAGAUACUUGCAACUCGCCGUUUAUCGGCGUACCGUUCCGAGGAAUAUGCGCCGAUGGUUUAAUUUGCGGCCCAAAUAACAAGUGUAUUGAAAAGAAAAUCUAAAAUUAA